AUGUGGUUGCAGACCCACUCUGACACUCUAAUGUGCAAAGUCUUCCCUACCAUCCUCACCAGACCAGCUCGGGCAUGGUUUAAUAGCUUAGAAACAGGAAGCAUCAAAAGCUUUAUGGAUCUAGCUAGCGUAUUUAUCAGCAGAUUCAUUGUCGAGGUCCCAACAGAGAGGAAGACUAGCUAUCUAGAAACAGUUAGACAAAAGAGAAAUGAGUCCCUGAAGGAGUACGUGGCCAGGUUUAACUCAAAAGUUUUGCAGAUCCCCGAGCUCGAUGAGGCCAGAGUGGUAGAAGCCAUGCAAAAAGGGACUACUUCCCCUGAGUUUUUUGGCUCAUUGUGUAAAAAGCCACCUACCACCCUAGCAGAGCUGAUGAAAAGGGUAGAGAAGUAUAUAAGGGCUGAGGUGCUCGUGGCUAUCCAGGACAAAGACUUUAUACAAUGGCCCAAGCCCAUGAAGGCUGAUGCGAGCAAAAGAGAUCCGGACAAAUAUUGCCAAUAUCAUAGGACUUAUGGCCGUGACACUAACGAUUACUACCAAUUAAUAAAUGAGAUAGAAAGGCUCAUCAAGAGGGGGCACCUCAAGAAUUUUGUGAAGAAACUGGAAGGGCAAAGACCUCAGCAGAACGUGGUGGCAGAGAGACCCCGCAGGCAGAUAGGGGGACCAGUGAAAGAUAGCUCCAGCAGGACAAUCAACAUGAUUGUAGGAGGAACAGGGGGUUAUGAGUAG